AUGGGCAAGAAGCAUAAGAAGCACAAGGCCGAGUGGCGCUCGUCGUACGAGGAUUACGCGGACAAGCCUUUGGAGAAGCCCCUGAAGCUGGUCCUGAAGGUCGGCGGGAGCGAGGUGACCGAGCUCUCGGGGUCUGGCCACGACUCCAGUUACUACGAUGACAGGUCCGACCACGAGCGGGAGAGGCACCGAGAGAAAAAGAAGAAGAAAAAGAAGAAAGCCGAGAAGGAAAAGCAUCUUGACGAGGAAGAGCGCAGGAAGCGGAAGGAGGAGAAGAAGCGGAAGCGGGAGAAGGAACACUGUGACACGGAGGGUGAGGCCGAUGACUUCGACCCCGGGAAGAAAGUCGAGGUGGAGCCGCCCCCCGACAGGCCUGUCCGAGCUUGCCGCACGCAGCCAGCCGAGAAUGAGAGCUCGCCCAUCCAGCAACUGCUCCAGCACUUCCUGCGCCAGCUCCAGAGGAAAGACCCGCAUGGGUUUUUUGCUUUUCCCGUUACGGACGCUAUUGCUCCCGGGUACUCGAUGAUAAUUAAACACCCGAUGGACUUCGGCACAAUGAAGGACAAGAUCGCGGCUCAGGGGUACAAGUCUGUCACGGAGUUCAAGGCGGAUUUCAAGCUCAUGUGUGACAACGCCAUGACCUAUAACAGACCAGACACCGUGUACUACAAGCUGGCUAAGAAGAUUCUCCAUGCGGGCUUCAAGAUGAUGAGCAAAGCAGCCCUCCUGGGCAGUGAGGACACGGCCGUUGAGGAGCCGGCCCCAGAGCUCGCACCUGUGCAAGUAGAAGCGGCCAAGAAAUCCAAAAAGCCCGGUAAAGAAGCACUUAGCUGUGUGUUUGAGCCGGAGGGGAAUGCCUGCAGCCUGACGGACAGCACUGCGGAGGAGCAUGUCCUGGCGCUGGUGGAGCACGCGGCCGAUGAGGCCCGAGACAGGAUCAACCGCUUCCUGCCUGGUGGCAAGAUGGGCUACCUCAAGAAGAAUGGGGACGGGAGCUUGCUCUACAGCGUGGUCAAUGCCGCCGAGCCCGAUGCCGAAGAGGAUGAGACCCUCCCUGUGGACCUGAGCUCUCUCUCCAGCAAGCUGCUCCCGGGCUUCCCGACACUGGGCUUCAAAGACGAGCGAAGAAACAGAGUCACGUUUCUCUCGAGCGCGAGUACUGCUCUUUCGAUGCAGAAUAACUCGGUGUUUGGUGAUCUGAAGUCGGACGAGAUGGAGCUGCUGUAUUCUGCCUACGGGGAUGAGACCGGUGUGCAGUGCGCACUGAGCCUGCAGGAGUUCGUGAAGGAUGCAGGAAGCUACAGUCAGAAGUUGGUGGAUGAUCUCCUGGACCAGAUCACGGGGGGCGACCACUCCAGGAUGCUCGUCCGGCUGAAGCAGAGGAGGAGCAUCCCAGUGAAGCCCCCAGAUGACGUCAAGAUCGGGGACCCACUUGGAGACAGCGGUGGCUCUGUUCUAGACUUCAUGUCCAUGAAGCCGUACUCUGAUGUCUCUCUCGAUAUCUCCAUGCUCAGCUCUCUGGGGAAGGUGAAGAAGGAGCUCGACCCCGAUGACAGCCACCUUGGCCUGGAUGAGACAACGAAGCUGCUGCAAGACCUGCAUGAGGCGCAGACCGAGCGUGGCGGCUCCCGGCCCUCGUCCAACCUCAGCUCUUUGUCCAACGCCUCUGAGAGGGACCCACACCACCUGGGCAGCCCAUCCCACCUGAGCGUUGGGGAGCAGCCGGACGUGACCCACGACCCCUACGAGUUCCUGCAGUCCCCGGAGCCAGCUGCCUCCACGAGCAGCUAA